AUGCCGCCACAGUUGGAUCCCAUAAGCGUGCGCACUGCGCGCUUAAAUAACAUAAUCCUGGGAAAAGGAGUAGGCGUCAGUGCGAAGCCCGCCACUGGAGCCUCUUCACGAAGGAGCAUUGUGCCAGUGAGCACGACCAGCGCAGCUUUAGCAGAGACUGUAUGCCGGGAAGGACUUUUGGACGCCUUUUGUUUGCUGUACAAUGAAUGCGACAAGGACUCGCUGAAAAAACGCGAUCGCAACAUUGCCGAGUUUGUCAACAAAUUUCGACCCAUCGUGGAGGAGACUCGAAAACUGCGAGUAAAUGCAGAUGAUUUUCUUAUCAAAGCACUUAUUGGUCAGGGAUACUUUGGCAAUGUCCACUUGGUGGUGGAGCGACAAACCAAUGACAUUUAUGCCAUGAAGAAGAUCAAGAAGUCGGUGGUGACCACAUCGCAGGUCAAGGAGGAGCGGGAUAUCAUGUCCACACGCCACUCAGAGUGGCUUAUUAACCUCCAGUAUGCUUUUCAAGACAAUGAUAACUUGUACUUGAUCAUGGAAUACAUGCCGGGUGGGGAUCUGCUAAGUCUCAUGUCUCGUCAUGGUCCUUUCGACGAGGACUUGGCCCGCUUCUAUCUGGCAGAACUCACUGUGGCUCUUCACACACUCCACGAAAUGGGCUAUGUUCAUCGGGACAUUAAACCAGAGAACAUCUUGAUUGACCGCUUUGGACACAUCAAGCUAGCUGAUUUUGGUAAUGCAGCUGCUCUGGAUCGAGAUGGUCAUGUGCUUAGCUUGUCGCCAGUUGGCACUCCUGAUUAUAUAGCUCCGGAGCUACUGCAAACCAUAUCCACCUACAAACUAUCAAAAUCGAUGCACGAUGUGAGUAGAACUGUCAGCUGCGAUUACUGGUCUAUGGGGAUUAUUGGAUACGAGCUCAUCUGCGAGACUACGCCCUUCCAUGAGGAGAAUGUACAUGAGACAUAUUCCAAGAUCCUUUCACACUGUGAGGAGAGUCAUCUAAAAGAACUGAUCAGUUUCCCUAGCGAUCUGAAGGUUUCCCAUAACUACAGAAAUCUUAUAGAGUCGCUAGUGACGAAUCCAUCAAGACGUUUGUCCUACGAACGUAUAAAGAAGCAUCCUUUCUUUGAUGAGAUACAGUGGGGUUCGAUACGCUCUCAGGUGCCACCUAUUAUCCCGACCAUUAAAUCAGACGACGAUACGUCCAACUUCGAGGACGGUACUCGGCACAAGUCUCGUAGAGAUCCGGGAGUGGCUAAAAAGUCAUUGACGACCAACAUGAAAUCGCAUGAUUUUAGUGGCAAGGACCUCCCCUUUAUUGGAUACAGUUUUGUGCACAUGGAGAAGUCGGCUCUAACCGGGUCCUCUGAUGAAAAACUGCAAGAAAAGCUGAAAGAGCUGCAGCAUAAACUUAAGACCAGAGAGAACGAAAUCUCCAUGCUUAAACAAGAUCUCAUGCGAGCCCAACAGUCAUUGAAGAAAACCGAUAACAAGUCCCAAGUGGUGGUCGACGCCAAAAUGGAAAUAAAAAAGCUGCAGCAAAUUAUUAAAGAAAAGACAAUGGAGUUGGCCAACUGCAAGACCCAAAUAAAGACACUCCAAAGCUCUGCCAAAAUUGACGAGGAAAUGUGGUCCAAGAAGGAAGCCACCAUUACAGAUCUGUUGCGACUAAAUCGACAGAAAUACGAAGAAGCCAAGAUAGCUUCCGAGCAACGCUAUGAGAAACAAUUGGCCGAUAAAAAGCAAGAACUUGCCUCCACGUUGGAGAAGUUGGAUGCUCGCGAAAUGGAGUUCAACUUCAAGAGCGAAGAAUGCAAGCAUUUGUCGGACAAAUUACAAAACUACAAGGACAUGUUGAAGCAGCUAAAGGAACAGAAUCUUCGAAACGAAGCCAACAAUGAGGAACAGAAACGCCAGAUGGCAGAAUCGUACGAACAGAAACUUACCGACCUUCGAAAAAAGGUUCGUGACUCCCAAGACACUCAUCGCCGUAUGACAAUGGAGAUUAAAGAAAUUCGUACCGAACUGGAUGAGUCUCUCUGUUCUAGUAAGUCCACACAAGAAGCUAAAAUGGCCACAGAACGAAAUAUUGAAGAAAUAUUAAAGCGACUGAACCAGGAGAUUGCCUCCAACAAUGACCUUCAUGCGGAGAAGGUCAAGUUGGAAACAAAACUGCAGCUGAGGGAAAAUGAAACACAAGAGGCUAGGGCUGAGUGCCAACGUCUCGAGAGGGAAUUGCAGCUUGUUGAAUGUCGUUGCCAGUUGGCUGAGUCUUCACUUGCUUCUCAUGCAUCUCCCUAUGAAACUGCCCCUGGAUCUUUAACCGAACUAAACGCCAUUGAAGACCAGCUGCGCGCCGAUUUGGUGGCCGCCAAAGAGGGUGAAACCCAUCAGAAGGGACGUGCCGAUCAGCUCCAAGCUCUGGUGACCAAGCUGGAGCAGAUGCUGGAGCGUUUCAACGAGCAGAGCCUUUCGCCAACUAAAGGCCACUCCACUCGAAAGCCGGGAACAGAAACCGUUGGGGACAUUCUGGAGCGGCAGAACGAAAAACUGGAAGACAAGCUGGCGGCCGUGCGGGAGCAGAUGAUCGUGGAGCGCCAAGCCGCUCGGACCGCCAAUCUAUCGCUUUGGAAAGUAGAGAAGCAACUCGAAGAAGCUCUUUCCGAGAAGAAGAUGCUCGCUCGACGCAUGGAACUCACUGAAGAUCGGAUUAAAAAGGCUCAAAAUGCCAACGAGGAAUCGCAGCGGAUGUUGAAAACAGCGCAGGAGGAGACCCGCCAGAGGGAUUCGAAGAUCGAGGAGUUGAAACAGGAGCUGGCAGCUGCGAAGCGUGAGGUUCUCAAGGAGCACCGGCAGUGGGAAAAGGCCGAGCAGGAGCGCAUGAAGUGCAAAUCGGAGAUAAUCGAGCACUUGGCCAACGUCCACAAACUGGAGCAGCAGGAAACGGAGCUCAAGCAGAAAUUGAAACAAAUCCAAACUAGAUUUGAUGGCGUCACUUUGGAAAAUAAGAGCAUUCAGAGGGAACUACAAGAGGAGCGUUCCCGAAGCUUGGCAACCAAUGACACCACCUUGGCUCUGCAAAAGGAACUUAAGCAGCUCAAGGAUAACUUCCAGCGACUGAAGUAUGCCUGCAGCAUUACCGAUAACCAACUGACCGAGGUGGAAACCAUGCUCAAGUCUGAGCAGGAACGUAACAAGUCCCAGAAAUCUCAACUGGAUGCAGUGCACCUGAAGUUGAGAGAAAGGAAUGACCAACUAACCGAACUUCGCAAGGAACUAUCGGCAAUCGAGUCGGAGAAGCGUCUGUCGGAGCAGCGGGCCCAAGUGCUCGCAUCGGAAAUCGAAGAGCUUAGGGAGAACCUCAAGGAUCAGCAGAAGAGGAUGAUUGCUCAACAGGACCAGUUGGUGGAGCAAACGAAUGCCUUGUUUGCAACUCAGGAGCGAGCUGAGCUGCUGGAUGGUCAGAAUGCCAAUUACCAGGUUCAGAGCGCGGACUCUGAGCGAGAACUGAUCAGCCUCAAGGAAGAGAAUGCGCGGAUCCUGAGCGAGCUCUUCCACAGGAAGGAGGAGGUGGCUAUCCUCCAGGCGCAAAUCAGAGAUCUAGAGGCCGCUCAAUCUGAUCUGAAUGCGGAGAUCGAUUCCCUGCAGGAUACACUGGCCGAAAAGGAGCAGUUCUAUGUCCAGAGGGACAUCAAAUCCAUGGCUACUCUGGCUCAGCACAAGAAACUGAUUGACUAUCUCCAGCUCAAAGUGGAAGAUUUGUCGUCGAAGAAAAAGAAAACGCUGGCGGACAAACUGUUCGGCUCCAGUCACACCAAUAAGGAGAACGUAUCACCCAAUGAUGUGGAGUCCUCUAUUCUCUAUCGUGCCCUAAAGGAGGAGUUGAAACGGGAACAGAAAGUAUCUAGCAUGCUGAAGGAGCAAGUGGCACAGUUGAAUGGAACCGCCACCUUACGUUCACCACGGAAAUCCACGAUGGUCAACGAAGACUCAGAUGCCCCCAAGCAGAGGCCAGUUAGUAUAGCGGCUGUGCCACGUUCCCCACAAAAGGAUAAGGCCACCUUGAAGCGCACCAAAAGUCAGGUUGAGCUGAAGACAUCGGAGAAACCUUUGGUUCAAGCUCCUGAACAGGCAUCGCACCAUCGCUUCGAGCUGGCGCUGCAGGAAUCCAAGAAGGACGCAUCGGAGUGCACAGUAUGUGGCCAGGUCAUCCUCGCUGGCUCACCGUUCUGGAAAUGCAAAGAAUGCAAGGACGUGACUCACCGCAAGUGUCGAGCCAAUGUCCAGGGAUAUUGUGGAACCACUCCAACUGCUCCAUCAGCCGAUGAUCUGAGUAGUAUUCCAUCUGUUUCGAGUGUGAAUUUAGAUCAGGUCGAGACCGCAAGUGAAGCAGGAUCUAGCGAAUACAUUGGAACUCUGGUGUACAGCUCAGACGGAUCGGAGGAUCAGGCCGUCAAAAAGGAUAUCGAAGUAAACUGUGCUUUUGAGGUGGCCGAACAGCAAAUUCUUCUGUUGGGCUGCAAUACUGGACUGUAUGCUUAUCAUUUGGAGUCUCAGAGAUUGGUGCACAUCACCGGCAUCGAAUCGGUGUACUGCAUGUCAAUCUCGACACGAUUGGCCAAAGCGAUCAUGGUGGGAACGGUUGGAGAAAAGAUGUACCAGUGCGACUACCGGCAGCUGGAAUCGCGCUGCCAGAGUUCCAGCGCCUGCCACAAGCCUGUGCUGGAGACCUCUGCCAUCGAACUGCCAUUUGCCAAUCGAACUCCUUCGGAAAAAUGGAAACUAGUGCUGAUUUCCAACGAGACGGAGAACGCAUUGGAUUCGGUGGCUAUAGCUGCUACCUCCACCCGGAUUGUAAUCCUCAAAUACGACCUCAAGCUGCAUAUGUUCAAGCCUGUUCGAGCACUGGACACUGCCACUCCGGUUAGCUCAAUAUUCUUCACCCGACACUCGGCUAUUGUUACUUCCGAUAAGUUCUACGAAAUUGAUUUGGACAACUUUGCGGCCGAGGAGUUUGUGGAUCUAGCUGAUAAGUCCAUGCAGAACACGGCCAAGUGUCAGCCCAUCACAGUUGUGCGGAUUUCCCGGCAAGAGUAUCUGCUUUGCUUUGCAGAGUGCGGCGUUUUUGUGGACGAGUUUGGCUGCCGUUCGAGGCCCUGCGAUCUUAAUUGGGUGUAUGCCCCUACGGGUUUUGUUUACCGGGAGCCGUUCCUAUUCGUCGCCCACUACCAGAGCGUGCAGAUCAUCCGCUUACACCGAUCAUUCAGCAAGGAGUUGGCCAACGGAGACAAUACCUCGGAGUCCUCAGAAUCUUCCGAGUUGCAACGAGUUUACUUGCCACACUACAUGUCCACUCUGCUGGCGAAUAGUGGAGACAUAAAUCUCUAUGCCAUUGCAAUCGAUCAAAGGCCGUGCAAUGGCUCGCAGAAGAUCUAUCACCUGGAUACCCUGCAGGCGUUUAAGAAAAAGUUUAAUGUCUCCAUGGAGACCUUGUCGUCCGUGGCCACAUCCGUGACUCUGGGAUCCAUUAUGACAGGUGAUAGUGUAUAGACCAAAACCAUAUAAAAAACCUUAAACUUUAAGAAACAAGAUUAAAUACUACAAAACUGUAGUAACAUAAAAUAAGGUACAUAUUUAACAAAUUUUAUGUUCAUAAGACUUAUUUUUGGCAAGAA